AUGUUCAGAGCAGCAACGUAUCCAAGCAUUUUUAUGGAAUUAUCUGAUCCAGAUAUGUUAUUAACAACAGAUGAAGCAUUAAAGCCAAUUCUUGCUACAAUGAACCUCAUUAAAAUCGAUGUUCUUGAUAUUAUUAAGAACCAACCAAAAGAAAAAGUGGAUUAUUUGUAUGAAAUCUCAAUGAUCAAUAGAACAGCAUAUAAAGAGAAGUACUUUGUUGAAGGAAAGAAGACAUGUUUCGUUUUAACAUCAAAUCCGGUGAAUUCCCUUGAAGUUAAAAGUUAUUUCAACCAAACUUUGUUGAAAUAUCCAAAUUACACAUUGGUUGCUAAGCCACAUCCAAGUGGAACAUAUCCACAAGAGUUAAUUGAUUGGAUAACUUCGAAAUUAAAUAUGAAAAUUUUCGAAAACCAACAAAUCCCGACGGCAUUCAUAUAUUCGGCAUUUCCUGGGCAACUUGUUGUUGGUGGAUACCAAUCUUCUUCUUUAACUUCAAUUAAAUUUAAAGAUAUUCCUUUCGUCUACGUCAAAAACGGUCCUGAGAACUUAUUAUCACCAUUUAAUAUUUUCUACCAGAAUGGAUGGUUAACAUCAUAUUUAAUGCCAUAUAAUGAUAGUUAUACUCCUUAUAUUCCUACACCAGCGCCAACUCCAGAAAUAACUCCUGAAAUUACACCUGAUUUAACUCCAGGACCAACUCCUUAUCCACCUACUAAACCAUCCAAUAAAAAUAAGAUCAAGUUAUUCUUAGCAAUUGGACUUCCAAUUAUAAUUGUCGCUGUAAUCGCAGCUGUUGCUGUUAUGGGAUAUUUCUUAUUUAAUAAGAAGAGAAAAGCUACAAAGAAAGUCAGUGCUGCACUACUUGAUCAGAUAUAA